AUGGUGAAGGUGAUUGGUCUGUUGGAUGUGUUCACACCUGCUAAGUCACUGGAAGAAUUCAAUGAUGUGUACCUGGUGACCCACCUCAUGGGAGCUGAUCUGAACAAUAUUGUGAAAUGUCAGAAGCUCACAGAUGACCAUGUACAGUUUCUUAUAUACCAAAUUCUUCGGGGUCUGAAGUACAUCCAUUCGGCUGACAUAAUACACAGAGACUUAAAACCUAGUAACCUAGCUGUAAAUGAAGACUGUGAGCUGAAGAUUCUGGAUUUUGGUUUGGCCCGGCACACGGAUGAUGAGAUGACUGGGUAUGUGGCUACCAGGUGGUACAGGGCUCCUGAGAUCAUGCUGAACUGGAUGCAUUACAACCAGACAGUUGAUAUUUGGUCAGUGGGGUGCAUUAUGGCUGAGCUGUUGACUGGAAGAACAUUGUUUCCUGGUACAGACCAUAUUGAUCAGUUGAAGCUCAUUUUGAGACUCGUUGGAACCCCAGGGCCUGAGCUUUUGAAGAAAAUCUCCUCAGAGUCUGCAAGAAACUACAUCCAGUCUUUGUCCUACAUGCCAAAGAUGAACUUUGAAAAUGUGUUUAUUGGUGCCAAUCCACUGGCUGUGGACUUGCUGGAGAAGAUGCUGGUGCUGGACACAGACAAGCGAAUUACUGCAGCUGAGGCAUUGGCCCAUGGCUACUUCUCUCAGUACCAUGACCCAGAUGAUGAACCAGUGGCAGACCCCUAUGACCAGUCCUUUGAAAGCAGAGAACUCGAGAUUGAGGAAUGGAAAAGUCUGACUUAUGAUGAAGUAGUCAGCUUUGUGCCACCGCCGCUUGAUCAAGAGGAGAUGGAGUCCUGAGAAACUGCCUGUCUUCUGUUUGUCCCACUUCACUGUGAGGGGAAGGCCUUUUCAUAGGGACUCUCCAAAUAUCAUUCAAGUGCCUCUUGACACAAAGAUGUUCUCCUUGGUGGAGGGGUUUUGUGUGCGUGUAUUGAAUGGGGGGAGGGAGGAAGGCUGACUGUAUGUAAACAUGCUGCAUGCUAUCUUGUAUUCUGCGUACAGCUUAGGACAAGCCUCUGAAGACCUAUUUGUGACUCACUUUUUUCUUUUUUUUAAAGCCCUUCCAGAAUAACAAACAGCAACCAAUUUGCACUGCUGCUGGGGCAAGGCAGACAUAAUGCAGGGAAGCUCAAGUUAAUUCUCAGUCACAUUUGUUGCCAUUAAAAUGGUUCUCCUCUGAGGAAGUGACUUUAUAGAUAAUGGAAGGUAGCUGUAUACUUGAACAGAGCCCCCUGCUUUCUUUUGCAGCAACAGAUUUGGGGUGAUGUCUUUUUCUGUUUCACGCCAGAGGGCCGAUCUACAUCCAAAGCCUCUUUCCAGUAUUGUAUACCAGCAGAAAGUAUGAAUAUUUCGGUUUGAUUCUUGAAACACGAGAAGGAUUUGUUUGAAAAUGUAAAUAUGUUUUGUGCCUUAAAUGAAUGGGAAAAGAGUGAAAGUGAGUUUGGAGUUAACAUUCUUGAAUGGAAUUCUGAGCCCACAGCUUUUCAUGGGCUGCAGGUCACCAGGCAUGAACAUUAUAACCAGGAAGUAUACUUUCCAAGGCAACAGACUGUGUGCCCUUGGACUGGGAAUCACCAUACUUCUCCUUCUUCUUUUUCUCUCAUUCUGAGGCUUCCCAGCACUGGCACCCAGUAGACACAGGCAGAGGCUGGAGAUGAUUCAUGCUGUGUCUGUGUGCUUCUGUACUUUAUUCCUAACAAGAUGGGGUGGGAUGUUUUUUGUUUGUUUGUUUGUUUUUUUGCAUGUUGUAGCUGUAUGUGCAUGUAGACCUACUUUUGUUGCAUAAUCUUGGAGGAGGGCACUGGGGCAGUAAGUCUGCCAAUGAAAUACUGUACUGAGUUCCUCUGCUGUAGGAAAAUCACAGCAUCCUCCCUCUUGUAGCACAACUCAUUGUGAACAUUUCUGCCAUUCUGGGAGCUUUGAUAAAAUAUAUGGGACAGAUAAACAUGCACCUUCUUCUUUUCUCUGGUUUCAAAAGAUUUGGAUUUAUAGGCUAAAGAAUAAAUCAAGUCCUUUAAAGGAGCAGAUAAACAUGAGACAAUGUAAUUGUCCAAACUUAGAAGUUAUUUUGCCCCCAAAAAGAAGUUUCUUAGAAAUGCUGGAGUCCAAAACAAAGAAUAAGCAUGCAUGAAGUCAGAACCUCCCUUUCACUGUCUGUCUCUGUGUGGAUGUGUAAUUAACCCUUUAAUAAGGUGAUUUUAUUUUUGCCCUCCUGGAAAAGAGCUUUUUGGCUAUUUUAGUGGGUUGGUCUCUGCCUGAGGAAACAGGAAAAGGGAGUAUGUUUAAAGACAAAGUUGGUUAGAAUAUUUUGUAUUUUACAGGGAUCCUGUGUGAAUGAAAUGACCAUGUUUAGGGACUGGGGAGAGGAAAGUGUCUUUCAGUAUUUUGUAUACUGCAGCUGUCCUGGGUGGCUCAGAUGUCCUUUUUUUAGGAUAUAGAGGAAAAGGCAUUUUCAUACGUUCGUGUAUUGCAGGCAUCUCCUGUGUGGGAAGAUCAGGGCUUUUGCAGUAUUUUGUAUCCUGGUGGAUCUUUGAUAUAGGAGUUGAGAGCAGCUGUUUUAAUGUAUUUAUUCCUAUGCAUAAAGAGGCAGCAAAAAGGGGUGGGAGUGGAUAAUAAAGCCAUCAGUUUUUCCUAGAACACUUUCCAGUGAUCUCUCUUUAGGUCAAACCCUCUUAGAGAAGCUUGGGAUGGGGUGGAGAGAGCAAUUCUUUCAUGCCUUGGGUACAGAACUCUCCCUCUGACCAAAUUAAAUUGACAAUAGAAAACCUCCCUCUCUGCUGGAUCUGCAGUCCAGGUAUUUAAAUGGAAAUCCAUAAAUCUACAGCAAGACUAUUUUUAUCAGCCAUGUUAUGUGUAGACGCUACAGUGUGAUUUCACGCAGAAAUAUUGCUCAAGAUUUUUUUAAAAUAUAGACAUUGCAUGUAUGAGUGGGAAUGUUUCAAAGUCCAGACUCUAAUGGGAGCUCCCGUGGCACGCACUCCCUGUUUUCAGAGCGGUGCUGUUCUGCUGCCUGAAUUCUGAACAGAAGUACACACUUCAAAAAAGAAAUUCUGCUAUUUUGUUUGUAUCCAUGAACUUUGCUGUAAUCGGUUCUGCCAUAUAUGAUGUCACACAAUACCACUGGUUUAAAAUAAAACUUAUUUUUCAGAUUUA